AUGUUGUCUGCAUUCUUAACUGCUGCUAUGCUGGACCUGCAUAUUUUCAGCCAUCAUCUACUACCGGCACUUUCGAAGUUUUGGCGGCGGCUUCUGAAGAGAGAAGACAGCAUUAGGCACAUCAGAGUAUCUUGCUACACGCCGUACAUUCACAGCGAAGCUUGCAGAGGCGGCAGCAAUUGCCCGCGGGCGAGCUCAGUCCGUGGACUUUGCAGAGUUACUCGACCGGUCGCACCAGCUGUCCUUGGCAAAAUCCCAGUGCAUGAAUAUGUGAACGGUGCUGUUUCAGUCCGGUUAUAUUUUCCUAAGCAAAAUACCCCUUCUACUCCCUCCCGCCUUUCACCGACUUUAGAACCGGGGAAAUACAAGGUGGUUUUUCUCUUGUUGCGUCACGGACGACCACGAUUCUGA